AUGGCGGAUCAGUCUACGGCCACGCUGGGUCUCGGCAACGCGUACAGUGCUGCCAACUUGCUUGCUCAUGGCUUGAAGCGCGCAUCCCGCGUCAACAUGAUGCAGCUUCCGAGUACCGAGCAGCUUCGCAAGGAGCGCCUCGAUAGUCUCCUCAAUACGCCGACCGGCCGCGACUUCACUAUCAACACUGCCGUCGGCGUGGUCUUCAAAGUCCACUCGAUCAUGUUGAUUGGUGGGCCCAAGGCGCUUGAGCAUGUGGCAUUUCCGAAAGAAAAUGUACCUGGCGAGAACGUAGUCAAUCUCCCCGACCGCUUCCACCCUCUCCUUGUCGACCGCCUUGUCUCCUUCAUCUAUACUUCGUCCUACGCCGUGGACGCGCGGGCAGUCAAAAACACCACUCUCCACCACCAUGCCGCCCUCCCAUCCGGCGCAACUCCCACCUCCUUCGGCCUGUCUAUGGACGCCGCAGAAUUCCAAGUCUGCAUGUACGGCAUAGCUGAAGUGCUAGAGUACACCGCGCUCAUGACCUUUGCGUAUAGCAAGCUCUCUUCAUACUUCAUCUUCGACCGCAAGGCGCCCGAGCAUGUUGGCCAGCUUAUCAAGUUGGUCUUUGGGCCAGUGAAUAGCCUGAGCCGAAAGUGCAAGGAUGAGGUUGGUGCGCUGAAGGGUCUGGGCAUCGCGGCUGUGCUGGUGCAUGAGAAGAAGCACUGGAGUGGUCACGAGAUGGACGAGUUCCGUGACUUGCUGGCUAAUGAGCUUGGGCAAGAUGCUUGGAAGGAGUAUCGCGCGUGCUACAAGCAUAUCAAGGAUGCGAAUCAGGUAUUGCUGGUUGAGCCGAAGUCUGCACCCAAUAUGCACGGCUACGCAACCCGUCAAGCUACGAAGGUUCAGGGCAUCGGAUCACUGACCUCGUCUAUGAGCAAGAUUGCCCUCGCUGGAGGCAGCAAGCCGAACAUCUUGGAGACCCUGCAUGGCCUCUUCGACGAGUACGCGUACUGGCCGCAGAAGGCUCUUCGGAAGAAGACCGGCCGGUCUACUGAUACUCUGGAAGAGGCGUUACCCAAGGUCGCUCAACAGGUACGAGGCGGCCAGUUCCACGGCUGUUGGCAGCGCAAGGCUCAUUUCAACCGCCCUCCCCUCUGGAUGUGCACCGAGGCGAUGGGCCAGAUCAAUCCCAACAUCCAGCGUCGCUCAGAGUCUCAAGACCUCCACUCCCAAUAUGAAGAAUGGCAACAGGCCAAGUUCAUGGGCAUCGGCCAUGUACCCGACGCCAAAGGCAUAGACUUCUUCGGCCACGCAGGCACCAAUGCAGGCGACUCCACUUUUCCCAUGUCUAACCCAACUCUUGAGAGUAUACCCCUCGCAAAGCGCAAAUUCGCCAAGCCCUCUCGCAACGUUCUCGCCACGCCUCCCAGAAUCAAGAUCGUUGAUAACGACGGCGAAGACGAUGCCAUGGACCACGACGCCGCGGACGCAACCAGCAUGAUGGCCUCAAAGCAUGCGCCCAAGGCGCCGAAACUCACGGGUAUGGCCAACGCUACCUUCACCUUUGCUUCCGACAGCAAUCGCAUCGACUUCUCUUCUACCCCUGACAAGCCGCAGCCUGGCACGAUCAGCCUAGAGGGCUUAAAGAAGUUGCAGGAGGUGGGUGUGGCGAACAAGGUCGCAAAGAAGACGGUCAAGGCGGCAGAGAAGGAGGAGGCUGUGAAGAAGGCCGGCAUGGAUACUGACGAGAACAAGGAGAACAUCCCGCUGGAGUCGAAGUAUGAGGCGCCGAAGGUUGAGGAGGAGGAGGAGCGGGAUGAGGAGAUGGUGGAUUAG